AUGGGGGACGCUGCUCCUCAAUCGCCGAGCGAUAACUCAACAGGCUUCUCCGACAAUAACGCCCCUGCACCUGUCCCAGCCGACGUCCACAGCCACACGGAUCACCACCAAAAUGUCCCUGUUCACACAAAAGACGAGCAGGCUCUGCCCCGCAUGAAACCGAUUACUCCUCGACCUACCUUUAUGGAGCACCUCGCCAGCUCUCGCGAUAUGCAGUUUCACCUAGACCGACAGGACUCGAGUGAACUGGAUCGGUACUUUCACGGACCCCGCGACAUGGAUAAGCACUCUAAGUGGCCCAUUAUCUUACGUAUGCAUGGAAGUGUCAUGCCAAAGAUGAUUCUACCCAUGGUACUCGUCGCCCUUUGGGCGACUCUCAUUACUUGCAUUUCGAAAUUUGUUCACGACCUCGGUAUCAAUGACAUCCUACUUACCGUGCUGGGUUUCGUGGUGGGUUUGUCAUUGUCAUUCCGCAGUUCGACUGCCUACGAGCGCUGGAUCGAUGGUCGCAAAUACUGGUCCCAACUUAUUCAGACAUCUCGCAAUCUGGCUCGCACCAUCUGGAUUAACACCGGCGAGCGGGAAGGCGAGCUAGGAAAGAAGGAUCUUCUGCGCAAGCUAUCGGCUAUGAACCUCCUUCUUGCUUUCGCCAUCUCUCUCAAGCAUAAGCUCCGCUUCGAGCCUGAUAUUGCCUACGAGGAUCUUGUUGGUCUGGUCGGAUACCUCGAUACAUUCGCCCGUGACGCGCACGACCAUAAUGUUGUUGCGCCGAAGCCGAAGUCGACUUGGAAGGCUGCGGGCGAGUAUCUGGGUGUCUCCUGGGCGGAGUCUAACCCGCGGAAGUUGAUCAAGCGAUCCAAGAAGCCGCUCGGUCAUUUGCCGUUGGAGAUUCUGCAUCAUUUGUCUGUUUACAUUGAUUCCAUCGUUGAUAACGGCACUAUGCGGUCUACAUUGCACCAGGGUCAGGCUAUUACUAUGAUGACCCAGCUGAAUGAGGUCGUCACUGGUACUGAGCGGGUGCUGGACACUCCUCUCCCCUCUGCGUACGCCAUUGCCAUUAACCAGAUCUCAUGGAUUUAUGUCCUUGUCCUUCCGUUCCAGCUGUACAACUUCUUGCAAUGGAUUACCAUCCCUGCCUCCGUUGUGGCCGCAUACAUUAUCAUCGGUCUCGCAACUAUCGGCAGUGAAAUCGAGAACCCCUUCGGUCAGGACGUCAACGAUCUCCCACUAGACACGUACUGUCGCCAGAUCGCUCUGGAGCUUGAUAUCAUCACUGCUACGCCCCCGCCUAGAGUGGAUGAUUUCAUGGAGCGCGAAGAUAACCUUGUCAUGUUCCCACUCAGCCAGAGCGGAUUCUCCGAGUGGCAGGAGCGGAGCGUGGAAGAUAUCCGCGCUGCAUUGGCUGCCAAGGUGGUUGCAAACGUGAACUCGUCGCCAGCUCCUUCAGACUCUUCUACUAUUACUAGAAAUGCGUCGUUGAUUAGUGCCAAGCAGUCUGUUUAG